UUUAAGAGAUAUUUAUUAGACAUUAAGAUCGAUCUAGAGGUGAGAUGAGGGACGCCUUGAAAUUGGCGGAUAAGAUUGUAGUUCGCGAUGGCAGCCAUCUUGAAUGCCUGGCUUCUGUGCGCGCCCUCCCCACCAUCCAUGUUAUUCAUCCGCCUGAUUCUUUACGUAUUCCCUGAUUACGGCGCGAAUUUACGCGAUUACAUCGCAUCGAGUGCGCCAUAUUUUCAUCCUGCGCGCCAUGGUGGCCUGAUCCCGCCGUUUCAGCGAUUGUUUCGUUCUGUGAGUCGAGUGACGAGUUUCAGAAUUUUAUUGAACGUGAGAAGACACCGGCUUGGGAAUCGCGCGUCGCUUUCGGCGUCGAGAUACGAGACUCGCGCGCAACUCAAGUCUCAGAAAGACGUGGAGGACAAAACGAAAGACUGAAAGGUUAUUAAUGGCGAUGUUCGGGAAUCCGCCGCGACACGUCCAGAGCUGUAUCUAGGAACGCGGUGAGGAAUAUCGAGUUCACUUGUUUUCCCGUAUUUCGCCGUGUUUUGCGGUCUCGUCGACGCGAUGUCGAGCAGAUACGGGCCGCCAAACAUGGCCGAGCGCUGCCGCAUUUGUUUGAUCGACCACGGUUGCAUGACGAGUCUGAAUAAUGAGCGCGUAGAAGCCAAGCUCAAGGAUCUGACCAAGUGUACCUGCAUCGACAUCAAGCUUGAGGAUAAUCUGCCUGGUGUUGUAUGUCAUAUAUGCUUGUAUAAACUGAAUAUGUGGACUGAAUUCAAAGAACGUUUCAUACAAUCCAACAAAGUUCUUCUGGAACAGCUUGAGGCAUCAGAAGUAUGUGAUGAUACUGUAAGAGAUACUUCCAAGGAUGAAAAUCAAGUAUCAACAAUUAUAAAAAGGAAACAUGGUGGUGAGAAUGCCAGUUCAGAUGUUGAGCAGAAAAAAUCAAGACUCAAUAUUCCAGAUGUUCCAAAUGUCACUUGUAACAGCACAGGUCGGGUUAUAUUAGAUACGAUAUCUCUUUUGUCAGACAAUGAUGAUUUAGAUUCAUCUAAAAAGGAUGCAAGAAACAGCGACAAUAAUACGGAAAAUAAAAUACAUUUGGAACCAAUGAGAGCUAGAUUACUACCCGCGAGACGUGGCAGAAAUAUUGAACGGAGAAAGGCAUCUACAAAACGUUGGGUGGAGAGAAAGAAGGCUCUUUUGGCUGCAACGGGAGAGGCAGUAUCUGAUACCGACUCCAUAGCUUCCGACGACGUGCAAUUGUCGCCUGUGCAAAAGGCACGAGCAAAGACCAAUGCUGAUAAGGAAACAGAGAAGCAGAAGAAGAUCGCAAAAGUGCUGAAAAAUCUAGAGAUGAAUCUCACGGAGAAGUACAUCGGAUAUCGCGACCUCGAUACGGAUUCUGAUGCGCGCCGAACGAGACUGAGCAGAGAAUUGCACAUGCAAAGUUCGCCACAAAGUAACAAGAAUUCGUUGUUGAAUCAGAUCAAUAAAAGAACUAGAUCCUCUCUAGAAAGCUCUAUAGAAACGGAGAAUGCUUCCGUUUCGGCUAAUGUGACAGACAAGACAAAAAAACUUGAAACGCAACUUGAUGAUGAAAAUUUCGUGCCUCAUUCGUUGAAAUCCGAAUUGGUAAUCGGUGAUACCACAUAUACUGUAACAACAACAUUGAGUCUCGUGAAUCCAUUACAGAUUGACAAAGAGAAUUUAAAUAAUUCAAAGGAUUCGUCGAAGAGUCUCGACGAUAGCAAUCGUGAGAAGAAUACUGAUAUCAUCGAUGCGGUUCAGUUGCGUAGAGUAAAUCCUGCACCCACCAAGACAAGCAGCAAGCCCAUUAACAAAUUCGUCGAAAGAUGUUUAAAUAUUGAAGUAGAGGGAAAUGAAUUGAGCGUUCUAAAACGCGUACAAUACGAAUUGGCGGAUUUCGUCGAGAAGGAAAUGAAGCAAAAAUUAUUAAAUACGAGCGACAGCGUUGCAAAAUCCUGUAAAAUAGACAGCGUCAGUACAAGUACUUGUCAAAAAUUGGACCAUAAGUUGAAAGAGAUAAUAGAACUGGCUAUAAAAAAGAAUAUCGAUCCCGAUAUAAUUGCAAAAAUGAACACGAGCAGUCAGGAAUCUACAAGAUUUUCGCCGUCAUUAGUGAAAUCUGUUAAGAACAUGCCCAAGUAUCAGCCAAAGGUCGUGAUAGAACGUCUAGAUAUAGCAAAGGAGAGUAAGCAUUAUAAUAUUAAUAACGCUGUCACGCCGAGGGAGAUUACGCAAACUAUGUCUACUACGAAGAGUAAACUUGCUGGUCCAUUUAGCGCGAUUAGUCGUAAACGUCAGAGUAUACCUCCGUCAAGAUAUGGUGAAUAUAACACCUUCGGAUUGGAUUCGGAGUUCUCUGACGAUACAUCAGACGAUUCAUUCGUUCUAAAGACACCCAAAGUAACCAAACCGAAAAUGCCAGGAACUUCAACAGCGAAACAGUCGACAGGAACGAACAAUCGACUCGUCAAGGAAAAUAAGGUCGAACAGAAACCUGAUUAUGAAGAGGCUAUCAGAAUAGAAGGUGCCAUAGCUGAAAACCAUAUAUGUGGCGUGUGCGGGCUUACGUUCCAUACCCGCAAGGAAGUCGAGGCACAUGUUCGCACUCAUAAGAUGGCACCGGGCAUCACUGUCACUCAGAUCGUGCUGCAAGAUGAGAAACCAAUGCAGCUGCCAAAGAAACCAGGACGGCCAAGCAAGCAAAAGAUGAUGCGUUGCAAAAGGUGCCAUGAGAUAGUAGAGGCACGUUUCGUUAAAGCGCACAUAUGCAAGUUACUAUCUCACAAGUGCUACGUUUGCGAUUCCGUGUUCCGCACGAAGAACCUUCUUGCGAAGCAUUUGGAAAGCCACGAGCAUUCCGAGUUCAACAUAGUAAACGCGAUCGAAAAGAAGAAAGUUAACAACAAUGACUCGUUGCUGAAAAUCAUGUCGGUUGCGUCCGCAUCACCGCAGAAGGAUCAAGCCCAGGAAACUGAGACCACGCCGAAAACGCAGACCAUUCAAAUUGAAAAAAACGACAUCCAGUCCGAUAAGAUAACCAGCACGGGUGUGAAGUUGGACAGCACUGAAAAUAUAGUAAGCCUGAGUAAGCCCAAGGAAACAUACACCUGUUUCGUGUGCGAUAAAAUUUUCACAGACGAGGAGGUGCUGAAGGAUCACUUACAAAAGCAUUGCGAUGAUUUGAGUGAAGGGGAAAAUAGUAAUAGCAAAGAACAGUACCAAUGCGCUAUUUGUGGUAAUACUUUGGAAUCGGAUCAAGCGUUGGAAGAGCACGUCGGCAAACACUUAUUCGACGAUGAAGAUGACAAUCCUAAUUUAAUUAGUAUCGACCAAGACAAGGAGAAAAAAUCGAGUGAAGUCGAGGCAUAUCAAUGUGGCCAGUGCUCGGAAACAUUUAAUUCGGAGAUGUUAUUGGAAGUGCACAUGCAAGCACACGAGGAGGAGGUUGCGAUAGCAGAAUGGGAGAAGCAAGAAAUGAAGGUCUAUCAAUAUCAGUGUAUGCUUUGCGAUGCAUUGCUUAAUACCGAAGAGGAAUUGGCGAAACAUUUGGAUGUGCAUAACGCAAAUACAUAUAUAUGCCAGUUAUGCGACAAACCGUUCCGCACGCUACAUGAUCUACAAGAACACGUCGCAACUCAUUGAUGUAUAGAUUCUAUCGUCAAUGAUUUAAAUAUAAACAAUAAAUAUUAAAAAAUAUCUUUGGAUUGAUAAUGAUGUGCAGAGCAAAAUUUUUGUUUAUCUUUACGAUUAUUGCGAAGUCUGUCAGAACAAUGGAAAUGUAAAAAUUAAUUUUUUAUACCAAAUGUAUAAAAAGCCAUAUAUUUGGUUAUGCAG